GCCACCAUGCAUGUCCCUCUUUUUCUUCCCCGGCGGGCCGGCCUAUAUAUGCAAAGGGGAAUCACUUCUCUCCUCCCAGGUCUCAGCUAGCUCCCAUUCAUCGAUCGAUCAAGCAGCAGCAACAACUACUCGAUCAUUAAUAAUUUGCUAGCAAGAUGCGCUCUCAUUCAUCGUCGGUCGGCGGCGCGGCGGAGCUGGAGCUGCCGGGGUUCCGGUUCCACCCGACGGAGGAGGAGCUGCUGGAGUUCUACCUCAAGCAGGUGGCCUACGGGAAGAAGCUCAAGUUCGACAUCAUCCCCACCGUCCAGCUGUACCGGCACGACCCGUGGGAGCUACCGGGCCUGGCGCGCAUCGGCGAGCGCGAGUGGUACUUCUUCGUGCCGCGGGACCGCAAGCAGGCCGUCGGCGGCAGCGGGCGGCCCAGCCGCACGACGGAGCGCGGGUUCUGGAAGGCGACGGGGUCGGACCGCGCCGUGCGCUGCGCCGCCGACCCCAAGCGCCUCAUCGGGCUCAAGAAGACGCUCGUCUACUACGAGGGCCGCGCGCCCCGGGGCACCAAGACCGACUGGGUCAUGAACGAGUACAGGCUCCCCGACGUCGUCGUCGACAAUGGCGCCGCCGCCGGCAACUCAUCACCCAAGGAGGACAUCGUGCUGUGCAAGAUCUACCGCAAGGCGGUGUCGCUCAAGGAGCUGGAGCAGCGGGUGGCCAUGGAGGAGCUCGCGCGCGCCUCCGCCUCCGCCACGCCCUCCGCCUCCCACAACACCGGCUCGCCCGCCGACUCCAUGUCGUCCUCGGACCAGCAGGGAGAGACGACGACCAUGAUGAUGAUGGGCGGCGUGGCCAUCCCGUCGCUGGCGACCAUAUGCAUGAAGAAGGAGGUGGUGACCGAGUCCACGGCGGCGGUGCUGAGGCCGGCGACGCUGAGCCUGCCGCAGCUGGAGGUGGCGAAGCAGCCGGCGCAGCAGCAGGAGUGGAUGCAGGACCCCUUCCUGACGCAGCUGCGGAGCCCCUGGAUGGAGAGUUGGUCGCCGUACUACGCCAGCGUCCUCAACUUCUAAUCGAUCAAACUAAAUACCGUUACAGAUCGAUCGAUAUACCUAGCUACGUAUGUAGUUUUACGUACGACGUAUACGGGGUCGAGUUUAUUAAUUAGAUGGCUAGCUAGAUACAUACGUAUAUGCAUGUAUACAUAAGUAUGCUAUCGUACUACCCAAAGUACGCAUGCAACAAAUUAACAGCUAGGUAGCGUGUACGUUGUCAUCCAUGCAUGGUUGCAGCGGCUGGAGCUCUUCCUCAUCAUCUAGUUGCAGUUUGCAGAGGUCGUCAGUUCAUUUCACUUUGUACAGUAGCAAUGUUUUCCGGCUGCAAUAUAUAUAUCGCUGUAAGGUUCCUGGCCUCUCGCUUGGCGCGCGUGUCCUGCCACGCGUGCGCGAUGGAUGCCCGGCCUCCAGAGUUGUUUGGGCCGGCCCCUUCAUU